CUAUAUUCUCCAAUAUCGAGGCAAUGAAGAGUUGUGUGCGGGCCCCAAACAGUGUGUUAAGUACUUUGUUCUGUUUACCCCUCUAAUACUUUUUAACCGCACCUUUGUUGUUGUGUUAACUAGUUUAUACUCAUGACAGUAGGGCAAAGUAAAAGGACUGCUAAUCCUGUAGGGCCAUGGGAAAUGGACGCUCGUCAGCUUUGGCAAUAUUUUCAGGGAGGACUGAACAGGAAAACAUUAGAAGAAAGUGCAGAAAGAGAGGCUGCGGACGUGAUUACAAAGUUAGCUACUGAUAUGGUAAACAGCAAUUUGCAGUUAACUUUGGCGGGUGCUUUUGUGACGCCAAAUGUAGCACUAUCACAGCUGCCAAUACGUUCCCCAAAUUCAUCAUCAUCUUCAAAUGGUUCGUUCAGCAGUAAUGGGAGUUCUUCGAAUGAAGUAAUGGAAGAAUGUGAAUAUGAAGACAACAUCGCCAUCUCUUUGAUAGGUGAAAAUAUGAGACCUCAAAUUCUUGAAGGCGUUCCCAUAUCACGCCGCAAUCAGGCUUUGAUACUUGGAGGAGGAAGUGGUUCACGUAACCUAGUUGGUGUACAAGAUAAGGGUAAAGGAGUAAUGCGUGAGAGUAGAGAACAUAUUGUAUCCACUGUUGCUGCUGCGAGGCCAAUUAUCCGUCUGGACACAGAACAGAUCCCCGUAGCAGAGGUAAGGGUUACACCAGGCCACCAGCAAUGUAUGAACGGGAUGCACCAUCGUAUUUUGAUGACCCCAUGGGCGAAGAUGCAAUGGUACGGGCACUGCACGACAUUCACUACGAGGGAGAUGAGCUGUUUGUUGGCCGGGUCUUCAAGAACAAAGAAGACUGCAAACUUAAGCUACAUAUACAUGCCAUCAAUAACAAGUUUUCGUUCAAGUAUAAUAAGUCUUGCCCCAACGUUGUCAUUGUAAUUUGCGUUGGAGAAACGUGCCCUUGGAGAGUUUAUGCAGCAAAAAUGGAAGGCAGCACUAGGUAUGAGAUAAGGACGGUGAGACUCGAGCAUACGUGCAGUGUUGAUGUCUGAGGAAACUUUCAUCGUAAUGCAACAAGCUCAGUCAUUGGGGACCUGAUGAGAGCAAAAUAUGGUGUUGAAGGCAGGGGUCCCCGUGCGUUUGAAUUGCGACGCCUAUGCCGUCAAGAACUCAGUCUCCGCGUAAGCUAUUGGAAGGCUUGGAGGGCACGGGAGAUUGCAAUGGAUUGAUCAUUGGGUUCGGCGAUGGGAAGUUAUGCAUUAGUGCCAACCUACUUCAAGCUGCUUCUACAAUCAAACCCGAACUCUAUGGUCGGACUUAAAACAGAGACGGAUGCAGCGGGGAUUGAGCGGUUUAAGUAUUUGUUUUUCUCCCUUAAUGCUUGCGCAAAAGGAUAUGAAUACAUGAGAAUGGUUAUCGUUAUCGACGGUACCCACCUACGUAACAGAUAUGGAGGAUGUCUUGUAGCAGCUAGUGCCAAAGAUGGGAACUUCCAAGUGUUUUCCCUUGGGUUUGCAGUCGUGGAUAGUGAAAACGACACAGCAUGGGAGUGGUUCCUUAGAAAGCUCCUUGAAAUAGUGCCAGACGAACCUGGUUUAGUGUUUGUUUCAGAUAGGCAUUCUUCAAUCUACGCAGCUAUAUGGAAGGUAUAUCCGAUGUCUUCUCACGCCGCAUGCAUUGUGCACCUCCAAAGAAAUGUGGUGACCAAUUUCAAACCUGACAUGCCAAGCCAUUUGACAUCCCAAGCUGGACGUGCGUAUCGUUUAAGCGAGUUCGCCCGGGUGUUUGAGGAGAUUAGAACCAUAGACUCAUCAUGCGCAGAGUAUUUAGAGAGGAUCGGCUUCGAGCAUUGGACACACUCCCAUUUCGUUGGAGAAAGAUAUAACAUCAUGACUAGCAAUAUCUCGGAGUCUCUUAACAAUGUUCUGACUAUGGCACGAGAUUUCCCAGUUAUCUCAAUCCUAGAUACCAUUCGUACAACACUAGUGUCCUGGUUUGCACUUCUACGAGAUGCAGCUAAUAAGGAUGAUGAUGUGAUCAAUCCAGAAGUUAAGGAGAUGAUAAUGGAAAGCUUCAAGAAAUCAUCAGGCUACUUUGUUAUGAAAACAGGAGACGGUAUUUAUGAGGUCCGUGAUGCAAUGGACACUGCAUUUGCUGUUCAUCUAUGGGAGCAGUCUUGUACGUGUAGAGAGUUUCAGUUCCUCGGGAUUCCUUGCGAGCAUGAAAUCGCAGCUGGUAUCAGGGAGGGUGUUAGGGUGGAGACCCUGAUUAAUGUCCAUUACACAGUUCAUUAAUCGUAGGCAAGCUUAUGCAGGACUGAUAAUGCCGGUGCCCGACAUGGACACAUUGGAGCGUACCACAAGGGAUUUCGGUGGUGUGAGAGUAGGACCUCCCAAUGUUCGCCGCCCGCCAGGUCGUCCAAGGAAGAGUUGCAUACUUUCAAGUGGUGAAUUCAAACGUGUGGCAAGGCGUCGCUGUAGCAGAUGCUGUGGGCGUGGACAUAACAAGUCCACCUGUAAGGGGCUUAUACCGGACCCCUAGGAUACGGAGGAAAUACAAGAUGCAUAAUGAAUGUAUAAAGUGGCAAGAACUUCAUUCAGAAUGAUGGUGUAAAAUACAGGCGUGAAUGGAGUUCACCUAUGUUCGUACUUGUGACCAAAUUUUUCCUUGUUGACAGUGAUCACCCAAUUAACGUAGUUAUGCAAACAAUAACAUUAUCAUCCGUAAACAUAGUUGUAAUAAAUUUGUUACCGUAAAUGUUUUGAAAAAAAGAUAUAUGAAGCAGAAUUAGCAGGAAA